AUGGCGCAACAAAACCCCGCUACCCCAGGAGCACCCACCACGGGCCCUUCCAUCUUUGGCGGGACAGGCCAGACCACUACCGACAUCGCGCCUCACCUCUCGGUAACCCCGUUCACAUCCGCUUUGACCCCCGCAUCGGCAUCCUCCAACAACACUUAUAUCAUGCCCAACUCGCCGCUCAAGAACCGCGUUGCAAUGGAUGGCUACCGGCCCAAGGUCACGCGCACUCUCGGUCAGCGCCCGGCUUGCCUCGUAAAUGCUUCCGUCACAUACUGUGGGAACAACCGGAUUUACGCUUUUGGUGGCUUUGAUCAGUACACCGACGAGGUCUACAAUCAUGUGCUUCGCUUGGAUCUGGUCAGCCACCAGUGGACUCUCGUUGACAACUAUGGCGAUAUCCCGGGCGUCCGGAUGGGGCACACGGCCACCCUCUACAAGGGCGACAAGUUGCUGGUUUUCGGCGGCGAAAACGAACACCGGACCUAUCUUUCAGACCUCAUUAUUUUCGACCUUAAAACGGCGCAUUGGACACAGCCACAGGUGACGGGGCCGAUCCCCAAGGGUCGUGCCCGACACGCUGCCGUUCUGCACGAAGACAAGCUCUUCAUCGUGGGCGGCAUCACGGGUCACGACAACUACGUAUUGGAUGACAUAUGUUACCUGGAUUUGAAGACUUACACGUGGUCGAGGUCGUGGCGUUUUGUUGGGCGCUUUGAUCACUCAGCAUACAUCUGGAGCGAUAGGGUGUGGGUGUUUGGCGGCUUGAGCGAAGACAUGGACAAGGUUAGCGAUCUGUGGUGGCUGGAUCUCAAGGGGAACCCGGCCUUUGAAUCGCCGCCGCAAGUCGGCACCCUGGACCGCUCCGGCCUAACGAGAAACACGGCGUCGCCCCGCCCACCCCAUCAAGCGUCACAGUCUCCCGCAGUCGGCUUGUCUGGUUACGCAGCCAACUCGAGGACAGCUCAAGUCAACACCCCGUCUUUUCAUCUCAAGGCGUAUGCGCCUCCCGCGCCUGGCGCCAUAUCGGCGUUGAAGUUCGUUAACGGCGCGUACGUCCCGUCGCAGAUGCAAGGCAUUCAUUUCCACGUGUACUCGUCUGGGACACUGUUGGAUUUUGUCACACCGGCAGCGACCAUCACAUCGAAGGAAUGCUCGCUUUCCGCGCUGGACCUAGGUACGCUUAGGUGGCAGAAGCUUGCCGAGGGGCGAGAAAUCUUCAAGCCCGGCUACCGGUGGCAUUAUUGCACCAUGAACGAACACGGUACCAAGGCGUGGCUGCUGGGCUGCCCCACGGAAGCCGGAGCGAUUGAACUCGGUGCUAAUGGCCUCGAGGAGUAUCUCUCCGACAUCAUGGAAAUCGACCUGCGCCGCUAUGGAUUUCUUGGCAACAAUUCAGCAUCCGAGGUACGGACAGACAUGGCUCGCCCUUCGUUACGGACUCGCAGCGCGGAGCCGCCCUCCAAGGGCUUGGGGGCGGACCUCGCGACGCUCUUUAACCAGCCUCCCGACACGGGGAGCGGCACCGACUUCGUUGUCACCGCCCUCUCCCGUGACUUUGACGAGGAUGAAGUCAUGGGCUCCGCGCUCAUGCACACCAGCGAUCCAACCGACGAGAGCAGCCAGACCUGGCUCGCGCCAGACACGCCAACCUCACCCCCUAUCCACGUACACCGGCUCAUUCUGCAGGCUCGCUGGCCACAUUUUGCACGCCUGUGGGCGAGCCAGAUGGCCGAGUUCCACACCAAGAAGAUGCACAUCCCCGAGCCCUACAGCGUGGUCAAGGCCUUCCUGUACUACCUCUACACGGACCGCAUCGACCCGGCCGACGACGACGUCGCCGCCGACGAGUCCAACGCCAUGAGCGACCUCUCGGACGUGGCCGGCCUGCUCGUCAUGUCCAACAUCUACAACAUCCCGCACCUCCGCCUGCUGUGCGUCAACCGCCUGAGCAAGGAGCUCGACGUCGACCACGCCUGCAUUAUCUGGUACUGCGCGGGGCUCGCCAACGAGGAGUGGCUGCGCAAGCGCGCCGCCGGCUUCUGCAUGACGCACUGGGGCCGCGUCGUGCGCACCGUCGGUUUCCAGCGCCUGCCGCGCGGCGCCCUGGUCGAGCUGUCGCAGGAGGUCGACAUGGAGGGCCGCGUCGUCGGCGGCGACGAGCUCGACAUGAUGGUCGGCAUGGACGGCUGCGGCGGCCGCUUCGGCGAUGCCGCCUCCGCCGCCUCCCGCCGCAAGGAGAGUGUCAGCAGCAACCAGACCCAGCUGCUCGAGACGGAGGAGGACGAUGAUGAUGAUGAUGGCAUGGAGAUGUCCUAG